UCAUCAAACUUCCGUUCUCAACCAAGUUUUCCGCAGCCACGGGCUUCCUCCAUCACCUGGUCCCAACGCCGUCGACUUGUGUCGCUCACCACCCUCGAUCGCUGUCACGCCUUCCAUCCUGCCUCAUCACCUCGCCGAUUUCGGUCUCACUACAAGAGGAAGCCCAUCCCCGCCGCUGAUUCCGAACUAAGCAGUAGCCUGGUUCUGCUUUGACGGUGCCCAGGAGACUUGGUCAGCGGAAGCAUUGCUUAGUCCGUCGCAUCUCCGAAGCCGCACAGAUUCUUAAAAAACGAUAGGAGCCGCCAUGGCGGAGGAAGCAAAGACGGCUUCGUCGGGUUCCUUCUCUAUCGCGGAGGCACGCAAGUGGGUGGUGGAGAACAAGCUGCGCACUGUGGGCGGGCUGUGGGCGAGCGGCAUCGCGGGGUCGGUGCUCUACAACAUGCGGAAACCCGGCGAGAAGAUGAGCGUCAAGAUCAUCCACGCCAGGUUGCACGCUCAGGCGUUCACACUAGCUGCUCUACUAGCUGCUGCUGGUGUGGAGUAUUGGGAGCACUCGUCCAACCCUACCAAGAAAGACGCGCGGCAACCGUUGUAAUGGGUCUUACGUAAAUCUGAAGACGAAGGAUAAUAGUCGAGGUGUACAGAAUCGAGGCUCAAUUUCGAUGCAUUGGAGAGAGCCAGGCUGGGGUGCUAAGGUACCCCUUUCAAGCUGCUUCCCAUGCAACUGUUAUGGUGCCGACUGAGGGAGCAGCUGCACUCUACUGGAUGUGCUGUGUUACUUACUCCCUUCUGUCGCGAACCUAGGAUACAUCCUGUUGGAGGACAGAACCUCGGCUCAGAGGCGCGAGGGAGUGUUGAGAUGGGAAAUGGGGUGCUCAUAUUCCAACAGCCAUCUGUGCACCAAGUUUCUAUUGUGAUAAGAUGGUCGUGGAUGUAUUUAUUGCUCUUUUCCAAUUGUUCUAUUCAUGAGAGUAACCGAUUGCUCAUUAGGAC